AUGCAGAGUUUAGAUCAGGAACUGGAUGCUUAUAACCAACGAUACCAAGAGACAUUUCAUGUGCUGGAAGAAGAAAAGUUUGAAAAUAAUAAGCUUCGGGCCACGGUCGAAAAGACGUCGGCAGCCUAUGCGGAUGUGGAUGCUGAACUUGUGACAUUGAAAAUGAGACUUCAGAGUUCGGGAACAGUCUUGGAAGAACGUGAGCAUGAGGUUAAGGCACUAGAACAGGAUCUAGCAGAGAAGAAACAGUUGGCACAAGAGUUGGAAAGUGUGUUGAUUGAGGAAGAAACGAAUCGUAGGAAGCUUCACAAUACAAUACAAGAACUGAAGGGCAACAUUAGAGUCUUUUGUAGAGUUCGUCCACGCGUUGCCAGAGAAAAAGGAUCACAGUUGGCUGAAAUCAAUUAUUUGGGUGAAGAUCAUGAGAGUAUAGAGUUGCUUGAACAAGUAUCGUCGACACUGGGAAAAUCAUCGACAAAGUCAUAUGCCUUCACAUUUGAUAAAGUGUUUGGACCAGAGUGUAAUCAAGGCGAAUGUUUUGAAGAAAUAUCACAAUUGGUCCAAUCUGCCUUGGAUGGAUAUAAUGUUUGCAUCUUCGCAUAUGGACAAACAGGGAGCGGAAAAACGUUCACUAUGCAAGGGCCGCCACAGCCAACAGAAGAAACGUCUGGUAUGAUACCACGAGCAGUACAUCAGAUAUACGAUGUUACCCAACAACUAAGACAGUUUGGCUGGGAAUAUACAAUGGAAGGAACAUUCUUGGAGAUAUACAAUGAAACAAUUCAUGAUUUACUUGGUGAUACAGCAAGUUACGGCAAGAUCAAGCAUGAAAUUCGUCACGAAAAGAACGGAAAGACAGUAGUGACUGAUAUGACUUCAGUUCAACUCGAUUCGCCGUCCAAGGUAAAGACGAUGCUCAAGCGAGCCAACCAAAAUCGAGCUACGGGAGCUACGAAUUUGAACGAGAGAUCGUCAAGAAGCCACAGUGUGUUCACGUUACAGCUUACGGGGGAAAAUAUAAAGACGGGAGAACGAUCAUCGGGUAUCUUGAAUCUAAUCGAUCUGGCUGGUUCAGAAAGACUGUCCUUAUCUGGCUCUGUGGGCGAUCGACUCAAGGAGACACAGGCGAUCAACAAGAGUCUGAGUUCAUUGGGUGAUGUUAUACAUGCUUUGGUCAACAAGAAAGAAGGAAGCCAUAUCCCAUACAGAAAUUCUAAGCUGACUUGGCUGCUGAGAAACUCGCUAGGCGGUAACUGUAAGACGCUCAUGUUUGUAAACAUAUCUCCUCUGGCUGAACACUUUAAUGAAACGUUAUGUUCACUACGAUUUGCUACCAAGGUUAAUUCAUGUCAUAUUGGAACUGUCAAAAAAUUGACCAACAAACAUUAG